AUGGCUCACCCUUUUGUCUCCAACUCGAACAUUCUCCAUCGUUCGUUCGCUCGCAAGCCCGAAAGAGUCGUUUCUGCCUCGGGUGUAUCUCUAUUUCUCGAGUCUGGCCGUGAGAUCCUUGAUGCCUCAGCCGGACCGGCCGUAUCAUGUCUCGGCUUUGGGCGUCCGGAGAUCGCUGAAGUGGUCGCGAACCAGAUGAACCAGCUUCCGUAUCUCUACUCUGGCGCACGUUUCACUUGCGAUGUGACCGAGGAGCUUGCGUCGAUGCUUCUGCAAGGGCAGCCCGGUGGCCUGUCCAAGGCCAUAUUCGUCAACUCUGGGAGCGAAGCCACUGAUGCUGCUAUCAAGCUCGCAACGCAGUAUUGGCACGAGCGAGGAAUGUCCCAGAAGCACCAUGUCAUCGCAAGAAAACAGAGCUAUCAUGGAAACACGAUUGGAGCACUCUGUGUUUCUGGCCACAAAUCUCGAAGGGCCAUGUACCGCCACUGGCUCUCUCAUAAUGUCAGCUUCGUUGAUCCUUGCUUCGCUUAUAGGCUGAAGGGAAACGAAUCCGACCAAGGUUAUGUCAAGCGACUGGCAGAUCAAUUCGAGGCCGAGAUUCUCCGUAUUGGACCGGAGAACGUUUCUGCAUUUGUGGCUGAGACUGUCAGUGGAACUACUCUAGGUUGCCUUCCUGCUGUACCUGGAUACUUCAAAGCUGUCCGAGAGAUUUGCGACAAACAUGAUGUCCUCUUGAUCUUAGAUGAAAUUAUGUGCGGUAUGGGAAAAACCGGCACUAUGCAUGCUUGGGAACAAGAGGGCAUUUCAGGGCCUGACAUUCAGAUUAUAGGCAAAGCUCUUGGUGGAGGUUUUGUUCCCCUAUCUGGCGUGUUGCUUCGCAAUAAGAUAUUCGACGCCCUUGCAGACGGAUCUCAGGGAUUAGCCCAUGGACACACAUUCCAGGCUCAUCCAGUGGCUUGCGCUGCAGCCCUCGAGGUUCAACGCAUCAUCCGUGAUGAAGAUAUUCUCACUAACGUCCAAGAAAUGGGUAAAGUCUUGGAGAGACUUCUGAGAACAAAUCUUGGACAUAUGGAAUAUGUCGGCGAUAUCCGUGGGCGUGGUCUUUUUUGGGCGGUUGAGUUCGUUCAAGAUCGUCGCACCAAAACACCCUUCCCGGCAAACAUGAGACUGUGCCACCAGAUCGUGGACAGGGCCCUUGAUCUGGGCUUGAAUAUUUUGGGAAACCUGGGUGAAACUGGUGAUAUCCAUGUUGAUCAUGUGAUAAUGUCUCCCCCAUAUGUGGUAACCGAGUCUGAAUUGGAGCGGAUGGUCGGCAUUCUACGGGACUCUAUUCAGACUGUGAUGUCUGAGGUUGUUGAUAUUCAUGGGGCGCGACUCUUAAGAGAGUUGAAUCGCUUCAGGACUUUGAGUCCAAUGAACGAAUCACUUAAACCCCCACCUUCGGCUUCAACUCGGAGAGGUGGCUAUACUCGACAGAAGCGUGGAUGUCUAACCUGUCGUCAACGAAAGAAGAAAUGUGACCAGCUUUACCCCAUCUGCAGUCACUGUUUGCGUCUCAAUCUAGUAUGCAAGCGAGAGCCUCCACGCUCAGUGCUACGGUCACCUGGGGCGGCUACGGGAGGUUCUGAAGUGACCGAGACAAGAGUUAUGAGAACCCCGAGCAUAGACCAGCAAAUCAAAGAGGUCACGCAACUAUGUCAACCUCUUGGACUCUCGCUGGAACCUGGUGACGCCAACUCGGAAAAUCUCGUGGGAAGUAGACGAGUGAUGCUGCGUUACUACACGGUGACUCUUGCGUUUCUACUGACCACGAAUCUCGAAAAUAACUGCUUCCUCUCUGUUAUCCUUCCCAUGGCGUUCGAAUGUCCUGCCCUGGUGUAUGCCGUCUCAGCAUGGGCUUCUUCCCACUUAGCAUUACGCGACGAGAAGUUCAGAGCGGAUUCGCUAAGGCAUCGUGGACAUGCUUUGGCUCAGCUUCAAAAGUCAAUGAAGCAUAGUGAGCUAUCCACUGAGAUGUGCCUUGUUGUGACCAUGGUCCUCUGUUCUAUGGAGUCAAUAUCCGAGGCUACUGAUGCCUGGUAUCCUCACUUGAAAGGCGCUGCUGCCGCAUUAGCUUGGCAGUCCGAGGACUCUCUCGCGGCGGUAGAUCCAAAGCAAGCUGUUCAGGAUACCUUUGAGGGGAGGUGGCUUCUCCGCAAUUUUGCCUAUCAUGAUAUCAUGAUGAGUGUCUCGAUGAAUUGCCGUCCAUUAGUAAGGGGGUUCUACUGGGCCUCAGAGGAUGACACACUCGCAGAUCCCUAUUUUGGAUUUGCGUCGCGGAUACUGUAUCUCAUCUCCGAGACUAGCAUCCUGAAUGCCGACUUCGCAGAAGCAGAAUCGGGAUCACAGACCCGCGGUUAUAGUUUUGCCGAACGCUCACAAAAGAUAGAAAGUGAACUCCAGAAUUGGGUUUGCCCUUCGGGCCACGAUGAUUCACCGCUAGCGUUGCUUGGUGAAGCCUACCGCAACGCGGCGCUCAUUCAUCUUUACCGAACCCUUUCUCGCUACAUCAAAAGCUAUUCUGGCAUUCUGAAAGCGAAGCUGAGUGCUUGUGUAGAUUCGAUAUGUAAGCUUAGCAGACAAGUGUCAGAGGGUUGCCUCGUGGAAUGCACCCUCCUUUUCCCCCUUUUCAUGGCAGGAGGAGAAGCCCACGAGACAAGUGAGAUAGAGAUUAUUAGAGAGAAGCUUGGCGAGAUGAUCAAGUGGCGAAAAUUCCGAAACGUUGAGGCUUGUCUUGAUGUUCUUGAUGAAGUAUGGCGGCGAAGAAUGGAUGGGUCAAGGAGGGAAGACCAAGAUAAGGUCGACUGGCCAGAUGUGGUGAAGCAACGGGGCUGGAAGCUUUCCAUUUCGUAA